AUGUGUUCAACUGCUAAGAAAAUGUGGAGUACUUUGACUGUCAUGUUUGAGGGUUGCUCUACCUCCAUGGAAUCUACCAUUACUACUCUCACUAGGAGGUAUGAGAGAUUUUUCUCUUUGAGAAAUGAAUCCUUAACUGAUACUCAUACCUGCUUUAAUGCUUUGGUAAAUGAUUUAACUGUUGUUGGAAUCACUAAGAAAAAUGAAGUUUUGAAAAGUAUAUUUCUUGACUCAUUACCACCAAAAUGGAAUAAUUACAUUUCUUCUGUGAAACUAAGUUCUGUUUAUCAAGAUCUUGAUCUCCCUGGACUUUUUGGUUUACUUCAUAAUCAAGAAUGUUCCGAAGCUGAGAAACUAAUUGCUAUGGGUGAUUCUUAUAGUCAGCCUGCUAGUGCACUUGUUGCAUCUAUGACUGAACACUCUAGUUCAAUUUCUAAUGAGAUCAUUCCAUGCAUCAAUAAAUCUGUACCUGUGAUUUCUAACACUAAUUCUAUUUGUUCUGAGUCUGAUUGUGAUGAAUCUGAUGGUGAGGACUUAGCCAAUGAAGUGGCUUUGUUAGCUGAAAGGAUAAGAAGGAGAUCGUUCAACAAAUUCAAAGGAAAAGGUAGAAGUGGGCAAGUUGAUAAGACCAAGAAGCCAUUUGACAUGUCCAAGGUCACUUGCUACAAGUGUGGUAAGCCUGGACACAUGGUUGGUGAUUGCAGAUCCAAAGAGUCUUCCCAAGCUGUGCCACUUAAAGGUGGAAGAAAUGAAAAAUACUCAAAGCUCAAGACCAAAUACAAGGCCUUGAAAGCACAAGUGGCUGAGCUGAGUAAGAAAGUUGAAAAAGAUGAGAUGAGUAUGAUAGCCAAAGAUUGGGCUGAGAGUGCCAUUUCCUCUGAUGAUGAGAAGUAUAAGGAUGCCAAGUGCUUUAUGGCUAAAGAAAAGUUUGUUGAGGAUCUUGUCAAGAUUCAACAGCAAUCUGAGUCAGCUCACAAGGCAUUCAAGCUAAAUAGACUUGGUGAUGAGGUUCUCUUGCAAAAACACUUUAAUCAAGAACUUAAAAAGGAAAUUUCAAUUUUAAAACAAGAAGUAAGCUCAAAGAAUUUCACCAUUGAAAAACUUGAAUCUGAAGUAAAAGCUCAAAAGCAAUUAAAUGCUAUUUUGGUCACUGAAGCUAAAACUUCAGAAGAAAAGUUUUUGAAAAUCAAGCACAUAACUGAAUCAUGGUGCACUGGUUCCAAAAGAGCUGCAAAAUGUGUUAAUGUGCAAAAGUCUGGUAUUGGGUUUAUUGAUCCUAAGAAAAUUGGUCAAACCAUUGCUGAAGCUGUGUCUGAAUCUGAUAGGGAACAAGAGAAAGUUAGAGAUUAUAGUGUUCCAAAGAAGAAAAACAAGUUGUUGAAAAAUGAGAAGUCUGAUUCUAAAGGAAAUGUUGUACCAAUCAAAUCUGUGUCUAAUCCAAACCACCUCAAGUCUGACUCUGACAAAAUAAUUUCAAAAUAUGUGGAGUCUAGAAAAGGGCUAUCACGAUGCACAUACCUGACACUUGGACAGUGGGUGUUCCAAGCAUAUGACCGAAUAAGAGUUUCUUAUGUAAAUGGUUUGAAGCACCAUCUGAUAAGUGUGAGUCAAUUGUGUGAUGCUGGUUAUGAAGUAAGAUUUCGUUCUAAUAAGGGAAUAGUUUUGGAUUUAGAAAGCAAUGUGGUGUUAAUUGCAAAUAGAGAUGAGUCCUUGUACUCUUUUGACAUGAGAAAUCCAACUGUCUCCAAAGAAGUUUGUUUCAUGUCAAAGACUCAAGAUGAGCUAAAUUGGUUGUGGCAUAAGAGGCUGUCUCAUAUGAAUUUGAAAGACAUCAACAAGCUGUACAAGAAGGAGUUGGUGUCGGGUCUUCCAGUGAUCAAAUAUGAGAAGGACAAGCUGUGUGGCUCUUGUGAAAAAGGAAAGCAGCACAAGGCCUCUUUCAAGUUAAAGUCAUGCUCAACCAUUGACAGUUGUUUAGAUUUGCUUCACAUGGAUCUGGGGAGAAAACCUGAAAUUGGUUUUCUUAGAAUGUUUGGAAGUCCUUGUUACAUUCUAAAUCAGAAAGACCAUCUUGGAAAGUUUGAUGAAAAGGCAGAUGAAGGUAUCCUACUUGGAUAUGUAACAAUGAUGAAGGCUUACAGGGUUUACAAUAAGAGAACAAAUACUAUUGAAAACUCUGUAAAUGUAAGUAUUGAUGAAGGUUGCUCUAAGCCAGCUUGCUCUCCACCUGAAGAUAAAGAUAUUGAUUUUGAAGAACUGGAUGUUCCUGAGAAUGAGCCUCCCUCUAAUCCACCAGUUGAAAACAAUGAUGCUCAAACUCAGGGGGAGCAAUUGAAUGAAAAAGAAGAGUUAAGUUUUUUUGAAAAUGUAUAA